AGGAGCAAAAGAAGAAGCAAACCCCAUUUUUCAACUUCGAAAAGAGAGAUAACAGAGGAACAGGCUCCUUCUCUGGGGCAGCGAUAGUUUGGGAAGGCGGCAGAGGGAGAACGGCCGGCACACGCUCCCCCCUCUCGCCGCGCCGGGAAUGGUUCGCCCCGCGGCCGGAGCUGCGCGAGGCGCUGCCAUGCGGGGCGGGGAGGUGGAGGUGGGGGGGGCUGGUACCGUCCCGAUCCCCAUCCUGCUCCCUCCUCACGGCCCGCGGGGGCUGCGGUGGCGCCAUGGCUCCUCCCAGGAAAGGCGACCUGAGCGCGGAGGAGAAGGACUUGCUGGCGGCGAUCGCCGCAGGAAACACCGAGGAGGCUGGAAGGCUACUGGGCAGCAAGAAUGUCCGUGUCAAUUGCUUGGAUGAGCAUGGCAUGACCCCUCUAAUGCACGCAGCAUACAAAGGGAAAGUAGACAUGUGCAGGUUGCUCUUGCGACAUGGAGCUGAUGUUAACUGCAAUGAACACGAGCAUGGAUAUACUGCCCUGAUGUUUGCUGGCCUUUCAGGAAACAAAGAAAUCACCUGGAUGAUGUUGGAGGCUGGGGCAGAGACUGAUGUUGUCAACUCUGUGGGAAGGACAGCAGCUCAGAUGGCUGCUUUUGUAGGUCAACAUGACUGUGUGACUGUCAUCAACAACUUCUUUCCACGUGAAAGGCUGGACUACUAUACUAAACCACAAGGCUUAGAUAAAGAACCAAAAUUGCCAGUGAAAUUAGCUGGGCCUCUGCAUAAAAUUAUUACUACUACUAACAUGCAUCCCGUUAAGAUUGUGAUGCUGGUGAAAGAGAACCCUCUGUUGGCCGAAGUAGAAGCACUGCAGAAAUGUUACAGGGUUCUGGAUCUAAUCUGUGAGAAAUGUAUGAAGCAGAAAGAUAUGAAUGAAGUACUUGCUAUGAAAAUGCACUACAUCAGUUGCAUCUUCCAGAAAUGUAUUACAUUCUUAAAAGAGCGAGAGGAUAAGUUAGAUGGAUUUAUCAAAAGUCUCUUGAAAGGGAGAGAGAAAGAUGGUUUCCCUGUAUAUCAAGAGAAACUAAUUCGAGAAAGUAUCCGCAAGUUUCCUUACUGUGAAGCUACAUUGCUCCAGCAGCUCGUGAGAAGUAUUGCGCCUGUUGAAAUAGGUUCUGAUCCCACAGCUUUUUCUGUACUUACACAAGCUAUUACUGGCCAAGUGGGUUUUGUGGAUGCUGAAUUCUGUACAACUUGCGGGGGAAAGGGAGCAGGCAAAAGAUGUUCAGUGUGUAAAAUGGUGAUGUACUGCGACCAGAACUGCCAGAAAAUACACUGGUUUACCCACAAAAAAGUCUGCAAGACGCUGAAGGAAAUUCACGAGAAACAAGAACUAGAAGCUGCCAAAGAAAAAAGGAAACAAGAAAAAAAGCAAAAGAAAGAUGAAGCACAACUUGUAGAGGGUAGUUCUGCAAGUGAAGAGCAGUCAGAUCCUGCUCCAGAUGCUGCUGAAAAAGUGGAUCCAAAUCAUGCCGCUGACCUAAUGGAACAACUUGAAUUAACCAAAGAGACGGAGGCACAAGCCCUACACCCUGAAAGUCUACUGGAAAGUGAGACUGACUUAGCUGACGUUGCUCUUAAAAAAAAUGAAGAGCCUGAAGAGUAAGAACAGGAUAGGAAGGAACUGAGAGUUCUGGCUGCAUCCGUGUACCUCAAGGGUCGUAAAGAAUUUUUUACACUGACGGUGUCUGAGUUCUUACAGCAUGGCUUAUGCAAGGCUCCCUGUGAAAGACAGCACAUCUCUGUUCAUCGUGAGAUGAAACA